GCUGACCUCCUGUUUUGGAAGCUGGACGGUCCCCUUGAGCCACAAUGAAGCGGCCUUGCGAGGAAACGACCUCCGACAGCGAUAUGGACGAGACUAUCGACGUAGGGAGUGAAAAUAAUUACUCUGGGCAUAGUGUCAGUUCUGUGAUCCGAUCAAAUUCUCCUACCACAACAUCACAGAUUAUGGCCAGGAAAAAAAGAAGAGGGAUUAUUGAGAAAAGGCGUCGAGAUCGUAUAAAUAACAGUUUAUCUGAACUGAGGCGGCUUGUGCCAACGGCGUUUGAAAAACAAGGAUCUGCCAAAUUAGAAAAAGCAGAAAUCCUGCAAAUGACAGUCGAUCAUUUGAAGAUGCUCCAGGCAACAGGCGGGAAAGGUUAUUUUGAUGCACACGCUCUUGCGAUGGAUUUUAUUAGCAUUGGGUUUCGAGAAUGCUUAACUGAAGUUGCAAGAUACCUGACCUCUGUGGAAGGCCUGGACACAUCUGACCCUCUAAGAGUUAGGCUAGUCUCUCAUCUCAGCUCCUGUGCUUCUCAGAGGGAAGCUGCCGCAAUGACCUCCUCUAUAGCCCACCACCACCACCACCACCCUCUGCAUCCUCACCACUGGGCAGCAGCUUUUCACCAUCUCCCUACAGCUUUACUGCAGCAGAAUGGGCUGCAUUCCUCCGACAUCUCUCCUUGCAGACUGUCGACAGCGUCCGAAGUGCCUCCCCACGGAUCGGCUCUACUCACAGCCACUUUUGCUCAUGCCGAUUCCACGCUUAGAGUGCCCUCUGCUGGUAGCAUUGCUCCCUGCAUACCACCUCUUUCUACCUCUCUUCUCUCCCUCUCUGCCACCGUGCAUGCUGCAGCUGCAGCAGCUGCCCAGAGCUUCCCUCUGUCAUUCACUGGGGCAUUCCCAAUGCUUCCACCUAGUGCAGCAGCAGCAGCUGUGGCAGCUGCAACAGCAGUCAGUCCACCAUUGUCUGGAUCUGCAACAUCCGGUCCUCAGCAAGCAAGGAGUAAUGGAAAUAGUAAACCUUACCGACCCUGGGGGACUGAAGUCGGGGCUUUCUAAAUCUUACCUUCAUAUGCCUCCUUGGGAUGUUGUCAAGUUACAACAGACGCUCCUUCACGCAAAAUGUAGAUUGCUAACAAGUAAAGUUGCCCUGUGGAUGCCCAGAAACCAGAUGGGAAACAGCAACACCUUUUUGCCUUAAAGUGUCAAAAUGGACAUGAGAUAUUUUCUUCUUUAUUGCAUUAGGCAUACGGGACAGUGGUGAUUAUCAAACUGAUGACUACCAUGUAGGCAUUGCC